UCGCUUGCGGCUUGUGAAGAUGAACAGGUAGGUACCUACCUAGAGUUGAGUUGAAAGUGGACACACUCACGCAGACAGUUUUGAAACAGAAAGGAUUUGAAUUACAUCGAAGAUAGCAGUAGCCCAAGAAUGGCCACAUUCAACCUCAUCACCACCAAGUUGCACUCAGACCCUCUGAAAGACUGCCCCUCAGAAUUCCCCCACCUCAUGUCCACCUGCAGCUUUCCAAUUCCAAUUGAAUGGACAGUCGGUAUUUGCACGUGACUCCUCCGAGGUCGGCAUCAUCCCGGGUAAAUCGUACCUUGAGGUACCUUAGUCACCGUUGGCAUUUCGCCAAGAUCCUCCUGCUUUGCUCGCUUUGUUCGUAAUCGCAAUCUCUGUCGCUGAUGACGCAGGAGGUCGGCGGCACCGACAUGGACAUGACAUGAACCUUUGCGAGUGCAGCAUGAGAGGAUUUCCUGCCUUUUUGGGGGGGAUGCAAACUGACUCGACGGCUCUCUUUUGUACUCGAGACGAUGCCGAGACAGGAUGCCGGUUGGCGACCUCAAUCACACCUAAGCUACGUAGAAGUUGGGUGCAUCGCAUCGUCCAACGCUUCCAGGUCUCGUGUUGAAGGAGGUGGGGUCGAGAUCACCUUGAGGGCUCACUUCCAUUCAGGUUCAUGCAGCGGUCAAAGUGGGCCAUCUUCUACAGUAGAAUCGGCCUUGCCCGCUGCCUUAUCGCUUGGCUCGGUGGGCUCGGUGGGUUCAUCUUUGCGGGGAGGUGAUGGAUGGAUGGGAUGCCCCAUGGGUCGAUAUCAGACUUGGAGAAAGAGACAUGAUGACAAAAUAUUGGGACAGGUCAGCACAGUGCAGCGACAUCAUAUCCUUUGUGCAUGAGGCUGUCCCGGAAUAAUACAUGAUGGCAUGGAAUGGCCAGGUAAAAUGUGAAUGUUCAUAGCAUACAAGUAGCCAAGUCUCGAAGCUUCCUGGUGAUUCCCUCAAUUCCCCAAGCACGCAAGCCAGCAACAGCAAAGCCGCCAGGCCGCCUCCUCGCUCUUGCUCUCGCUCCAGCCAUUAACUUCACUUUACUGCCACAGCCACGCCAUCCCUCCGCUCCACGCAGCGCAGAGUCUCGCUCGCACGAGUGUUGCCGUUGCCGUUGCCUCCUUCCUUGUCCUGCUUCUCCCUCUGCCUCGCUCGCCGCGGUGAAUCAUCGAAUCAGGCUGCACCUGCCAGAGCCUGCCAGCCUGCCAAUUCCGACCUCUUAGCGCCCCACGCUAGUCUCCCCGCCGCGCCAUAUAAGCAACCACUCUCGCCCAACACCGCCCAUUCCUCUCUCUACAAACCAUCUUCGACUUCUCGAACAAAUCCAACUCGCAAGUCAACCUCUUCAAUCAACAUCAUCUACCACAUCCCCAAUACAUCUGAAUCUCCGCAACCAUGCAGAUCUUCGUCAAGACUCUCACUGGCAAGACCAUCACUCUCGAGGUCGAAUCCUCGGACACUAUCGACAACGUCAAGAGCAAGAUCCAGGACAAGGAGGGAAUUCCUCCCGAUCAACAGCGCUUGAUCUUCGCAGGCAAGCAGCUCGAGGACGGUCGCACUCUCUCAGAUUACAACAUUCAGAAGGAGUCUACUCUUCAUCUCGUCCUCCGUCUUCGUGGCGGUAUGCAAAUCUUCGUAAAGACCCUCACUGGAAAGACCAUCACCCUUGAGGUGGAAUCCUCUGAUACUAUCGACAACGUCAAGUCGAAGAUCCAAGACAAGGAGGGCAUUCCCCCUGACCAGCAACGUCUGAUCUUUGCCGGAAAGCAACUUGAAGAUGGCCGGACUCUGUCUGAUUACAAUAUCCAAAAGGAGUCCACUCUUCACUUGGUCCUUCGUCUCCGUGGUGGUAUGCAGAUCUUCGUGAAGACACUCACUGGAAAGACAAUCACUCUGGAGGUUGAGUCGUCCGACACCAUCGAUAAUGUCAAGUCGAAGAUUCAAGACAAGGAGGGUAUCCCACCCGACCAGCAACGUCUUAUUUUCGCCGGCAAGCAACUCGAGGAUGGUCGCACUUUGUCCGACUAUAACAUUCAGAAGGAAUCGACUCUCCACUUGGUUCUCCGUCUUCGUGGUGGUAUGCAGAUUUUUGUCAAGACUUUGACUGGAAAGACCAUUACAUUAGAGGUUGAGUCUUCGGACACAAUUGACAAUGUUAAGUCCAAGAUCCAGGAUAAGGAGGGUAUCCCACCCGACCAGCAGAGACUCAUUUUCGCUGGUAAGCAGUUGGAGGAUGGCCGUACGUUGAGCGAUUACAACAUUCAGAAGGAGUCUACCCUUCAUUUGGUACUCCGUCUUCGUGGAGGCCAAUAAGGGCCUGGGGCUUUCUCUUUCUUUUCGAUUUGCGUGGCGUUUGGUAUGGCUUGGGGGAUAACCAUGGCACGUACAUAAGCAUGAUCGUUGCACUGGUAUGUGCACAAGGAAAUACUUGUAUAGUCCAAUAAAAUAACUAUUCGGACUCUUCAAACCAUGGCAUUGACAUUUUGUGAUGUGACAAUAUAUUAUGAUGUUCUAAUUUAAACGUCUGUACGGUGAUUGGAAGGUACAGAUAUCCUUUCAGUUCUGACUAUAAAGUGAGGCUAGACGAGGCUGAUACUUCUUCGGUGUUUUUCAGUGUUCCCCUUCACACUUCCCUCCAAACCACAUGGAUUUUUGCUUAUUAACGCGCCACGCAGAAACGUCUAGAAUUUUAUCAAAACUACUCUUAACGUUCGUCAUGAGGCAUACUGUACGCAAGGUAGCUGCUCCACUGAAAUUAUGCCAUCUUACUUCUACCAUCUGAAAUUCGAACUAUAUCCCUAUCCCUCUAAUAAGACCGAGAACAAAGCGACAAAAGCGUCAUCCAAAUCUACAGCUCAUACCACACCACGUUCUAAAACGAUAGAAGAACAAAAAGGGCUCACGAGAGCAAUCUGGGUUCCGCCUCCUGGCAGUGACAUAUUCCAAACAGAAGAGUGGCCAGCCCACGAAGCUGUCAGGCAAGACCUUCGACUCAACACACGAACGAAAAGUCCAGGCUCCGUAUCACUUGGCCAGAAUACAUCGAUCAGAGCUCGAGAGAGUGACGAAACCACUGCUGCAGCAGGAGGUGUAAUCGACCGCGGUGCUCGAGCAGUGCGGGGUCAUUUGCCCUUGAUCCCAGAAUCUGAAGACUGCACCACUAUCUCCCCGAACCAAACCCUCGAGUUCCCGACCCCGAACCCGAUUCGUGUCCCCACAGAUCUGCAAACCGCGGUCAAAGAUUGGAGGUUUGGGCGUGUGAGGAUCGAGGGUCUAGAUAUGAUGGAGAGGCCGAAACAUAGGAGGGGUGAGAGUAGCUCUGCGGUUGGAGGCGUUGGGUCUGGCAAUGGGACUGGGAAUGGGAUUAAUGCCGGUCUUGCGCCGGAAGCUGUGGGUUCGUUGGGCAAAGUCACAAAGGCACUGUAUAAGCCUCUUGAGCAGGGCGGAGCGAAGAAUACGGAGCUUGGGUGGGGUGUGGUACAUCUGUAUCGGGAUGGAGAUCCGACUUCAACGCAGGAUGUGAGAGAAGAGGACUUAUAUGAGGCUGAUGAGGAAGGACACUCGGUGGGAGAGGAGGAGGAUUGCACGACGCUGUGCAUUCCGGCUGUUCCCAGCUAUCUUACUACGAAUGAUUUCCUUGGCUUCGUGGGCGAGAAGACGAGAAAUGAAGUCAGUCAUUUUAGGAUGGUUAUGACAGGGAGGAUGAAUCGGUAUCUGGUUCUUAUGAAAUUUAGGGAUGCUGCUGUGGCGAGGAGGUGGAGGAAGGAGUGGGAUGGGAAGGUGUUCAACAGUAUGGAGCCAGAAACUUGUCAUGUUACCUUCAUCAAGUCGAUUACUUUCCAGACACCAAACUCCUCAAAUCCCAAUACCAGCUUCCCAGAGCUAUCUCAUGAUCCUUUCACACCCUCUUCAACUCCCGCGUCCUCACUUAGACCAUUCCCUCCACCAACACCGAACCUGGUCGAACUCCCCACAUGCCCAGUUUGUCUGGAGCGUAUGGACGACACGACCGGUCUCCUCACUAUCCUCUGCCAGCACGUCUUCCACUGUGAUUGUCUCCAAAAAUGGCGUGGUAGCGGCUGCCCGGUCUGUCGACACACCAACCCAUCGCUCUCCCUCACCUCCCCAAACUCACCUUCAUAUCCGCCAGACCUACACAACCCUCCCUUCGGCAGUGGUGAGGCCUCUCUCUGUAGCGUUUGUGACUCCACAGACGAUCUGUGGAUCUGUCUCAUCUGCGGCAGCGUGGGUUGUGGCCGCUACAAAGGUGGUCACGCAAAAGACCACUGGAAGGAAUCAGCGCAUAACUUCGCCCUCGAGAUCGAGACACAGCAUGUCUGGGACUACGCGGGUGAUAUGUGGGUUCAUCGCCUGAUCCGCGGGAAAGGCGAUAGCAAAGUCAUUGAACUUCCCGCAAGAGGUCACAUGGCCGCUGGUCAUGUCAAUAACGAUGAGGAAGAUAUGGUACCGCGGGAAAAACUAGAUAGGAUUGGCAUGGAGUAUACCCACCUUCUAACCAGCCAGCUCGAAAGCCAACGUGUCUACUUCGAAGAACUAGUCAGCAAGGCAGUAGCCAAGGCUUCAGCUGCCUCGUCCGCCGCUGCUUCUGCCUCAUCGCGCGCCGACGAAGCCCUCAACCAAUUGCGCACCCUCUCCCUCGAAAACAAGACCCUCAAAGAUGAAAUCAUCACCAACUUAGAGAAAGACCUCGCGCGCGAAAAGCGAAAAGCCGAGAAGAGCGGCGAGAUCGCCCGUGGCUUCGGCAAGAGCCUGAUGGAGGAGAAGAAGGUCUCUGAGGGGCUGAUGGAGAGAAUUGGGCAUGUGAAUAAGAGGAUGGAGGGGCUUGAGGAGGAGGUUAGGAGGGUGAGGGAGGAGAAUGAGGAGUUGAAAGAGAGUAAUAGGGACCUGUUGUUUAGUAUUAGUGCGGAGGGAAAGAUUAGGGAGAUGGAGGAGCAAGGUGGAGAGGAUGGUGCUGCUGGGGGUUUGGAGAAGGGGGAACUUGAGGGGGGGACGUUGAGUCUGCCGCCUGAGAAAGUUCCUGCUGGGAGGAAAGGCAAGGGGAAAGGGAAGGGGAAGUGAGGUGGUAUAUUACGGGGCUUUGCAUGCCCAAAGAAGGCGUUCGGUAGAUAUUUUACAUAGCAGCCGUUGUGAUGGAAUACCCUGGGAUGGAGUUUUACCUGAGUCUGCUAUCAGAAUAAGUACACAAGAAUUGUUUUCUCUUAUCUCUAUGUCGUCGAUAUCGAAGCUCGGCUUCCUCGGAUGCCAUCUCUUCAUCAUCAGUACAACGGAGCCAGCCAUACAAUAUUCAUUUCCAGCAACGCAAUUCAAACCAGCUCAGAAUCGGAAUAGCUGAAACAACAUUUAUUUCUCCC